AUGUUGACGUCACUGUGCCAGCACUUCCGCUUGUACUUUUCUGAAGUGAACACUGAUGCCUGGGACUGGGUGCGCGACCCCUUUGCACCUGGAUCACCCAAUAGCCUAACAGGUGAGGCAGAAGAGCAACUGCUGGAAAUAUCAUGUGACAGGACACUGUCAGAUUCCUACAGGCACCACAGCAAGCUGAUAGAGCUCAUUAGAAGGAAGGGAGGAGUUAACAGAGAGAAGACCCAGAGGCUUCUUCAAGCUCUCGAUCGGAGCCUUGAUGCCAAUAUAAAGCGAGAGUGUCUGCUGAAAUGUCUCACUAUUUACCUUGGAGAAGACCUAGACCAACUCUUCAAGGAAUAUCUGGUUGUCCAAUGGGAAGAAGCGGAGAUGGAACUUUCUCGUGCAUCAAUGGCAGUGUUCGUCAUCAGGGAAGAGGAUGAUUCUCUUCAACCACAUGAGAUUGGUGUUGUCAUAGACGGUGUUAAAGUCCUGAACAUGUUGCCGUCAGUCGCACAUGCAUGUGCCAUGCUGUUUGGUCUAAUGUAUGUGCUGAACCUAAGCUAUCCAGGUGAGCUGAAACACAUGUUUGAAGCACUACAGAAGUUGUUUAUGGAGAUAGAUCCAAAGAAAAUGAUGCGCAAAGUGCUCAGCCUCAGUGUCAAGCUGUGA